AUGACGUGUUUAAGUCUUGUCACGGUGGCCGUCUGUAUGCUCGUCAUUCCUGCCCUCGGUCAUUGGUCUGCAGAUAGCUACAAGAAUGGACCACACGGCUCAGGUAGAGGUUACCCACUUGAACGCGCUGGUGGUCACGGAGGUGGUGUAGGUGCUGGCACAGGUUACCCACUUGAACGCGCUGGUGGUCACGGAGGUGGUGUAGGUGCUGGCACAGGUUACCCCCUUCGGCAAGGCGCUGGUGGUCACGGAGGUGGUGUAGGUGCUGGCACAGGUCUCCCCGCUGUUCAAGGCGCUGGUGGUCACGGAGGUGGUGUAGGUGCUGGUGGUCACGGAGGUGGUGUAGGUGCUGGCACAGGUCUCCCCGCUGUUCAAGGCGCUGGUGGUCACGGAGGUGGUGUAGGUGCUGGUGGUCACGGAGGUGGUGUAGGUGCUGGCACAGGUCUCCCCGCUGUUCAAGGCGCUGGUGGUCACGGAGGUGGUGUAGGUGCUGGUGGUCACGGAGGUGGUGUAGGUGCUGGCACAGGAACCAAUCAGGCAGGUGCCGGGCAAGGUAGACCUUUUGGCCGACUUCCCCGAAAACUGCCUCAGCUGGAAGUAUACGUUAACCCUCAGGACGCCGUGGCCACAUCUGUGGUCAGAACCACUGACCAGUACUUCUACAAACCCACACCUGUUGGCUUUAACCACAUCAUCACAAACAUCAAUGGCGGAUACAACAAGGAAUACGGUGUCUUCACCGCUCCCGUGCCAGGAAUCUAUUCCGUUAACUACCACGUACAAAGCAAGAAAGGUAGCACUAAAGAGGCCCAUGUGGAUCUGACCCAGAACGGACAAGUCGUGAACUCCGCCAAGGCAGAAGGUAAUUGUGUCGCGGCAUCCAACUCCGCCGUCCUCUACCUUGACCAGUUUGACCGGCUCAGUGUCAACGGUCGUGAAGGAACCAUCAUUGGCUGUAAGAAUAACGGUUUCUGUAGCUUUAGCGUGUCUCUGGUUAAACCGGGUAGAUUCACAGAUCUUAAAAUCCCACGAGCUGUACCCAUGGAUAAACAUGGGUAA